CAAAGUCAUUGAGUCUACAUCCUGUGGCGUUACAUUAGCUUUGAAUGUAACCCCAUAAUCACCCAAAUAUGAUGUGCUGACUUCCUAUUGGUAGGCCCAUAAAGCUAUAAUAGCCCAUACCUCAGAGUGUUCCAAUGAAGUUACUCACACAACCAGGAUUGAGGAUGUUGAAUCGUAAAUACUUCUAAAAUCACAAAGACCGUCGUCGGUUAUAAAAGGCCAAACAGUUCUCUCCCAAACUAAGGAGUGAUCCUCGCCUCUGAAUCAACUCUCAUAAUUUGCAGGGAACUUGUUGUGAGGUUUUUUUCUUCAGAGUUCAUAGAGCAUUCUUGUUGCAGGGAAACUAUUUGUACCUUUGACUUUUGUUUUGACUUUUGAACGAGAGCGAACUCCAAGAUGUCAAGAGUUGGAUUACAGAUUUUGGUUGCAGUCUUCGCAAUGGCGUACAUUGAGAGCGCUUCUGGAUGUCAAUGUACAACACUACAUCCUCAGCAGCAUUACUGUAGGGCACUCUAUGUCGUCCGUGCCAAAGUGGAAUCCCUACAGUGGCAGCUGAUCCAAAGGUUGCCAACAGAGCCACACAUGGUGCCGGAAACUGAGACAGACACGGUGACGAACCCGACCACAGACACACCAGCCAGUGGUCGCACAAGCACGCCAGACAAGGAAGUUAAGAACCAUACCGUAGCAACAUCCCCGACACAGCCAACCACCGAUCGCCUGCCAGUGUCAGUGACCACAAGCAAAGCAGAUGAGGCGGCCGUUACUGAAACGGAUCCCGUAUCAAACCCUGACGAUUUUCAGGACAACAUCGGACAACAAUCUUGGCCUCCUCUUGAUGCGAUGCCAGGUCAUCGUCGAGACGAUGAGGAACUAAAGAGCAUCAUGAGCCAAGAACCCUGGAACUACGAGAUAUUAUACACCGUCAAGAUCCAGAAGGUCUACAAGACGGUAGAGGGGAAGACGGACUCCAUGAGGGAAGGAGAGGAGGUUCAGAUUAAGAGUUUCUAUCCGGGAGGAAUGUUCUGCGGUGUGGAGCUCAAGAGAGGAAAAUCCUACGUUUUAGGAGGUGCUAUCCAGGGUCAGAUUGGCAGAUGUGACUUGGUACUUGAGUAUAAGACUGUCUCCAAAAGACAAAAGCAAGGACUCCGCAGCAACUACGGCCAAUUCUGCGACAAAUGUCAGAUUGCAACAUGCCACUCCCCCCAAUGUGCCGCCCAUAUGCCGGACAACACCUGCGCCUACAUGGCCCACGACAGUUACGACAGACACGGAAUCGGUUACCAAGAGGACGACUGCGUCGCAACGCACUCCAAAUGCAUGCCAAAAGAAGGACACGACAUGUGCCAGUGGCAGAGGAACAAAGAUUUGAAGCAGUGCCUGACCGAGACCGGUGCUGAUGUAACACGUGAGCUUAGGAGACAUCGCCAGCGUCACCCUUAAGCCUGUUUUUAAAGACACUUCUUUUUCCAACUCCAUUUUUUCGACCACAUCUCUUUCUCUCUCACUCUCUCUUACUCUGUCCAUCUUGCUCUUUGUUUUAAUUCUUUUGCUUUAAAGGCACUAGACACUAUUGGUAAUUACUCAAAAUAAUAAUUAGCAUAAAACCUUACUUGCUACAA